GCAUCACCAGAUUCUCUACAAACAAAUCAGUCUCGCCCACUCCAAAACUCCAGUCUAAAAUCCUUCUCAAUCAUGACCGGUAUGAGAGUUGCUCAUUUGGUGGAGCAAGGAAAGCCUUUGAAAGUAACGACAAUUGAGAAGCCAACUCCAGGACCAAAAGAUGUUCUCGUCAAAGUCGAGGCCGCUUGUCUUGUUCCAAACAGUGCCAACAUUGUAACAAAAGGCCCAGGUCAACAUUACGUAUUGCCAAAGUUGCCAUCUGCUUUUGGUUUGGAUGCCGCCGGUGUUAUUGAAGCAGUGGGAGAAAACGUCAUUGGACUAAAAGUUGGGGAUCGAGUUUAUGUUGACCCAUACAUAACUUGUGGCACCUGUCACCAAUGUCGAAGGGGGAGGAAGGACUUGUGCCACCCGUCAUGCCUGCGUGCGUACUUCGGUGUUGGAACCCCAGAAGGAAAGGCAGUGCUUGAACAGUAUCCCAUUGGUUCACUCUCACAAUAUUUGCUGUCACCUGAUGCAAAUAUCGCAGUGAUUCCUCCCUCGAUUGACAUUAACACCGCAGCUCGAUUCGGGUACAUCGGCACUUCAUAUGCAGGUCUCAAAAUAUGCGGAAUGGGACCUGGAAAGACUCUUGUAAUCAAUGGUGUGACAGGCACACUAGGAUAUUCCGCCGUAGCGAUUGCUCUCGGUUUUGGCUGCACGAAAAUCUUGGGAAUUGGACGUAAUAAAGAACGUCUGGCUGAGAUCGAGAAAAUGGCCACGAAGGGACGUAUUGUUGUUCGUUCCAGUGAAGAUGAAGGGGACCUUAUUGAGUGGAUUAAGGAACAAACAAAUGGACUAGGCCCCGAUGGCUUUUACGAUUGUCUUGGUAAUGGAGGUAAUUCAGACGGUACCUCCAAAUUGAUCAGCUCUUUGAAACGUGGUGGAAGAGCAGCAUUAGCUGCUGGCGGAGUUCCUGGUGACAUCACUCAUUCUUACAACGAAGUCAUGGGACACGAUGUCAGUGUUAACGGGGUACUAUGGUUUAAUAGUGCGCAUCUAGACGAGCUCAUCGAGUUGAUUGAUGCAGGAGUCAUUGACUUCUCGUUCCUUCAACACAAAUUUUUCGCAUUGGAUGAGGUUAAUGAUGCUUUCAAAUUCGUAGGAGAUCGUCCUGGUGGAGCUAUCAAUGUUAUUGUGCAACCACAGGUAUAGGACCAAAUUGAUGUAAGAUUAGCUUUAGAUAGAAAAUUACACAGCGCC